CGAGCCCUUUGCAGUGCAAUGCCCGGUGCUGGCGAGUGAUGCGCUCUCUGCUCUCAGGUCUGAGAAGACAAGCCGCUGUCGCCAUCAGCCAGGAGCUGAGCAAGCUCGCCUGCCGCAGCACAGGACCCAGCACGUGGAUUAACCAGGUUCGCAGAAGGAGCUCCUUGCUCAGCUCAAGGCUGGAGGAGAAGCCCUUCAGCGAGAUGGAAAUGUCUUACAUCAAGCAAGGAGAGGAAGCUCUCCAGAAAUCGCUCAGCAUCCUCGGGGACCAGGACGGCUGGAAGACAGAGACAGUGAUGGGUAACGGAGACAAAGUGCUGAGCAAGGUGCUCCCGGACGUGGGCAAGGUGUUCCGACUCGAGGUGGUGGUGGACCAGCCCCUGGACGCGGUGUACAGCGAGCUGGUGGACAACAUGGAGCAGAUGGGAGACUGGAAUCCCAAUGUCAAAGAAGUCAAGAUUCUCCAGAAGAUUGGGAAGGACACAGUGAUCACCCAUGAGAAGGCAGCCGCUACCCCCGGGAACAUUGUCGGACCGCGGGACUUCGUGAGCGUCCGCUGCUCUAAGAGACGCGGCUCCACCUGCGUGCUGGCCGGCAUGGCCACAAAAUACGGAGCUAUGCCGGAACAGGAAGGAUUUAUAAGAGCGGAGAACGGUCCCACGUGUAUGAUCCUGCGCCCGCUGGCUGGCAGUCCUUCCCAAACCAAGCUCAUAUGGCUCCUCAGCAUUGACCUGAAGGGCUGGCUGCCGAAGACCAUCAUCAACCAGGUUCUGUCCCAGACGCAGGUCGACUUCGCCAACCACCUUCGGGAGCGCCUGGCCCAGACCGUGGCCGUGAACUGCUGA